AUGAGUUUCCCUCCUGGCUAUAGAUUUGCCCCGACUGAUGCAGAAUUACUUGUUCAUUAUCUGAAAAACAAGAAUCUGGGUCAUCCUCUCCCUAUUGAUAUAAUCCCAGAAUGCAACAUCUAUAAGUACAAUCCCGACCAACUUUUAUGUGAUUUUUACAAUGGAAUGGGGAACGAGAUGUAUUUUUUUACGCAGCGGGAACGAAAGUGUGAGGGUGGGUCCCACCCAGAUAUCAAAGCGGCCAACGGAUAUUGGAAGGCCACCGGUGGAAAUACAAAAGUUACCGACGGAGAUAAAACAGUUGGUUAUAAGAUGAGUUUAAAAUUUCAUAAGGGAAAAGCACCCAAGGGAGAGAAAACUGAUUGGCUGAUGGAGGAGUAUAGGAUUGAUGAAGUGGAUCCUCCCUUGAUUACGAGUGUGAGUCAGACGACUGAGCGUGGGAAGAGGAAGAGAUUUAUCGGGAGCCAUGAUCACGGUAAAAAGAUGAGUGGAUUCGUUCUCUGCCGAAUCCACAAGAACAGAUGGACAGCUAAGAAGGCCGUUGAAGCCAGUUCUGAUCAAUCAACUUCAUCUAGGUACACUGCAUUCGACGUCUCCGAAAUUAUCAUAUUGAAUGAAAAUUUUCCAGACUGGGAAGAGGCCUGGCCAAUAACUACGACUAAUAUUCCCGAGCACCGACUGGGUUCGUUCCAGCCCCCUAUGCAAGAAUUUUGGAAAACUGAGUGGAUGGAAUAUAGGAUCGAUGAAGUCGAUCCUCCCUCGAUUACGAAUGCGAGUCAGACUGAGCAUGGGAAGAUGAAGAGAUUGGUUGGGAGCCAUGAUGAUCACAGUAAAAAGGCCAUACUGGCUACUAGCUCAGUGGUUAGAAAUGUUUCUAAUAACACAAAGCUGAUAAAGACCUGCAUGGACAAUUUAUACCAACCUCAGGCGGGAAUUGUUAUGGAGGCAGGUGGAUAUCUAGCUGAUUUCUCUACAAGCAACUACAACGAACCUCCUCAAGCACUAAAUACAUCUGGGUGCACUCCAUUCAACGACUCCGAAAUUCUCAUCUUGAAUGAAAAUUUUACAGACGGGGUGGAUGCCUAG